AUGAAAUUCUUCCCGUUACUAUCUACGACCUUAUUAGUUAGACUAUGUUAUUGUGUUUCUCCAGAUUCUAAAAUAGGUAGUGAUAAAGCUACGCAGCAUUUUAGGGAAGCCAAUUCUACUUCUCAAGUUCAACGGGUAGCUCAACAGAUUCUACAAGAGAAACAGAAUGUUCCAGACACAAAGGUUGGAGCUCCUAAACCUGUUCCACGACAUCACUCCACCAAAGAACUCGCAGUUCCAAUUACCCUAGAUUUGGCUGAUGUGAAUACAAACUCGGUUGAUGUUCCAGCUACUACUGUGCAAGAUGGCAUAAGUACAACCUAUUACUACCCAAAGGGGAAAUUCUACUUUAAUAAGAUAGUGGAUGGAGGCAGAACUGUAUGGGAGUCUACUGAAAAGAAGUGUUCUCCAGCAUAUACUAUCUCAAAGGGUAACGUGACAUUUCUUGCUCUCUUGCUAAAGAAGUCUGAUGAUGAGACUGAGUUAAUAUACUACGAAAGGAAGAAUCUAGGGUGGAAGCUUGUCGAGAAGACAAAGAGUGAAAAUAUAAUAGAGGAACUAAAGAGGCAGCCUGAGCAACCAGCUGUAAAAACCAUCGACUUGGAUCUUUCAGAUGUUGAUUCUACAGCAUUCUCUGUAGAAGAAUCUGAGGAGGAUAAGGUUCCUAUCAAAAAAUAUGCCGUUAAAACUGAUCAUUACUUGAAUGAGAUAAACUAUGGAGAUUCUGAACUUUGGAAAUCCGAUUCUCCGGACAAACACUGUACACUUGCUACGGUAUACUUUGAGGAAGAGAAUCCUAUGUUGCUAUCCCUAACACUUAACCAAGGAUUUGUUUAUUUGAAAAAGAAUGGUAAAUGGGUUGGUGUUUCUAAGGAUGACUAUGAUGUUGCAUUGACUGAGAUGAAGAGACUGGCUUCCUUACCCAAAGCCAGGACUGUUGAACUUGAUGUUAAUGAUGUAGAUGGCAAUGUCUUUGUGGUUAAGGAGGAAACUGUUGAAAGAGUACCUCUUAAGACCACACCUGAGGAACUUACAUCUCAAGAUGAAGAACUAGAACUCAAGGGUACGCAUAUUGAGCAGGAAGGACGAGUAGAUACUGUGAGAGCUGAUACACCUUCAAAUUCUAGCUCUCUUGAUCUUUCCAAGGAGCCUAACGGGGAUUUAUUCACUUUCAACGAGACGAUAGAUAGCGAUGUAAAGUCUUCUAAAUACAAGUUAAAUACUAGAAAGGACAAGGUUACGACAAUUAUCCAUGCUGAAAAGGUGGUAUGGAAGGCGAAAACUAAUGAAUCUCUAGAAGAAUGUACCCUUUAUACCAAAAAUGGAUAUUCUCCCAUGGUUGCCGUACUCUCAAAAGGAGACUUUAAUGCAGAAAGACAUCUUUUAAGGGGCAUGGAAGGUUGGCUUACAAUUUCUCCUGAAGAGUUUGACAAAAAACUGGAGAAGAUGAAAACAGGUCUACCAGAAUGUGAGUUCUCUGUUCAUUCUGAACCAGUAACCAUAGAUGUUUCUAGGCCAUAUCCAUCUUUCUGUCAGUCCUUUGCCUAUGACUAUGAUGGAGUUCCAACCAGAAUGAUUUUUUAUGGAGAAAAUGUUCCAGUAAAUAAGCUUGUUAGUGGUAGAGAAAAAAUCUGGGAAAGAGAAAUUGGAGAGAAGUGUAUACGGUCCAUAGUUACUAUGAAGGAUGAUAAGCCAGUACUUGUCUACCUAGAGAAAGAUACUCCCUCUGGGAUACAGUUUUCCACACUUUUAAGAGAUAACGGUAAAUGGGAAGUUACUUCAAACUAUUACGAUGAACUUAAGAAGCUCAGGAACACUCCUGGAUCUCCAAAUAAAUUUACCCUUGACCUUUCUGAUACCCAGGAUGGCGAUAAAUGUAUAAUAUUUAAUAGAACCUUUCUAAAUCUUCCAGCCCGUUUCUAUGUUCCAAAGAUGGGCAACUACGCCACUGAGGCCAAGGAUGGAGGAAUAAGUAUAUGGACUGCUGAAAAGGAAAGGUGUGUAUCUGGAGUUGUAUAUUUCAAGAGUGGAAGACCACAACUUUCCCACAUGACUAUUAAUGAUUCCAAUGAUAGAUACUUACAAAAGUACUUUGAAAAGUGUGGCAAGGAAUGGAAGGAUCUUACGGAGGAGGACUUUUAUAAGAAGAUAGAGGAGAUUAGUGGAAGGCCAGCUAGAUCUAAAAAUGCUCUUCCAGAAGAAACAACGCAGUCGACACAACUCUCUGAUUACAUUCUUGACAUUUCUAAAGAACCAAAUAAGGAUCUAGUAGCAAUACAUAAAGGUAUCACACCUGAAGAAAUAAAGUGUCGUGUAUACCAAACGAGGGACAAGAAAGACAAGAGGGUUACCUCUGUUGUAGAUGGAGAUAUUCCCAUCUGGACUGUCAGGGCUGGUGAGGAAUUCCGAUAUUGCUUUGUUGAAGAAAAGGAAAACUACUCACCCAUAGUAGCCAUUUCCACAGGAAACAAGUGUGAUAAAUACUAUGUUAAGGAUAGUGGCAAGUGGGUUGAAAUAGAUCAACUCAGCUAUUAUAAAAGGCAUAAAAACAUGGAGAACGACACUACAGGGGAUUCAAAUUCUCAGACUGCAGAGGGUAAGGAUGCCUUGGACAUUUCUAAGCCAGAGAACUCUGGAGUGGAGAUUAAAGAGGUAAAGAUGAGUGGAAUAACUCAAAAGACUUUUACCUCCGAGGAUUCUGCAAAUAUAACUAGUGUUUGUAAUAAGGGAGUAGAGCUUUGGAGUACACCGUGUGAUAAUGAUGGACUAAGAACUGCAACUUUAUACUCCUCUGGAGACUAUGGCCUUUUAUUUCUGCAAUCUAAAUCUGUUGGUGGAGCAACAGACUCCUACUACUUUGAGGGUUGGUCAAUAUGGACUCCACUCACUGGAGAAGAAUUUGAUAGAAAGCUGGGUGACAUGAAAAGAACCACGGAACAUCUCAUUGAGAAACUUUGUUCACCUCUGCUAAACAUUGAAGAUGCUACUGAAGGUGAUCUUGUAACAUUGAAAGUGGAGGUUAAGCCUGGUAAAGAUACACAUCAGCUAGAAUAUGGAGAUGAAGUACUAUGGGAGGAUGAGGACUCUUCUCUAUCUUCAGCGAUUCUAUACUUUGAUGGAGAUGUUCCGUCACUUGCUGUUAUAAAUACAAAGAGUACUGGUAAGGAAGGUACAGGCUAUAGAUACCAUGAUGGUAAGAAGUGGAAGAAGAGUGACGAGAGUGACUGCAGAAGGCUUUUGAAUAUGCUAAAGAUAAAGUAUAAUCCGGAGCAAUAA